AAAAUUAUAUGUAAUAUCGUUUUAAUUAGCAGAGAUAUUAAAAUUGCGUUUUUAGCUUUAUGCUUUGCAAUCUCUUAUACAUUAAUAUCAAAUUUGAUAAUGAGUAACAUAAAUUGAAUAAAAUUAGUUCAUCAUAUGCAUAUGUAUUUUAGAUUACUGUAAUCAAUAAUAAAUCUAUAAUAGUCAAGCAGGAUAUAUCUAGUCAGGCAUAUCUAAUAAUCAGACAGGAAAUAUUUGUUCCGCAUAGCGGAAUUUCCUUCUCUAUAUCUUGCAAAGUCAAUAGACAUUUUGUGACCGAGAUUUAAAACCGCACGUCGCCAUUUUCCGGCCGUUAUAAAUAAACGAAGAAGAAAUUUUGUAAUGCUCAUUAUCUAAUGAUACGCCGUGUUAGAAGCAGUUUAUUUGCGCAUAUUAUAUGUUAAUCAUGAAGUUUCUUACAGUAGUGUGUGUUUUAGUGACUACAUGGAUUUAUGCCGAAAGCAUGCAAUUCAUCGACGAUGAAUUACGUCCGCAUGAAGGGGUGGCGAUAGGAUGCGCAGGAAGACGUAUGCAAUUGAAUAAUCAGAUGAAAGAGGUAAUGUGCGUGCCAAGGCACGCUAUGAUAAAAUUAAUACCGCAACCGGGCUACACUUUUUAUCCGAAUUAUGCCUCAGUGAAAAGAUGCAGCGGUUUCUGUCCGAGGAACAAAUCAUGCAUGCCAGUUCGCAAAAAUGUUAGAAAGAUCGCAGUAAGAAUGGACGGUUAUGACUCAAGCGAAUGUUAUCACGUGUUGCUCGAGGAACACACCAAAUGCAAAUGUCAAUGUAGCGUGACAGAAAAUCAUUGCAACAUUCAUCAGAUAUAUUCAGAAGAUAAUUGUGCGUGCGAAUGCAUGAAUAAAAGAAAGUGUGAUAAAGAACGCCAGAUGGUCUGGAAUGAAAAAUUGUGCAAAUGCACUUGCGACAAGGAAGAAGAAAUCUGCUCGAGUGGACUCGAAUGGGUUCCCUCUCGUUGCGGAUGCGCCCAAGUGAUGGAGAUGUAUCAAUUAGAUAAAUCUAAUACUAAUUAUAUUAGAAAUUUAUAGGAAAAUAACACAAUAACAAGAAACCCUAUCUUAAUAACUCGAAGUAUCAACUCAAAUCAUUCGAUAAUAAUUAAGUCACCAUUUUAAUUUUUUAUUUCGAUUUAUUUGCCUAAUAAAGUUCUUUAUAUACACAUGCAUUCUUUUUUAAAUAUAUCAAAAUCACUGUUGUAAAAUCACAUUAACAAAUUGAGCAAUAAAACAUAAGGUCGAUACAUCGCCUUAUAAAUAAAAUAACAUCUUUAAUUUAGUGUCGCCGGAUAUUUUUAUCUCUUGAUGACAUACAU